CGCGGCCGCGCGUGCGCAGUGCGCGGGCGGGCCGUCGUGGGCGCCGCUGCCGACCUGUGGGUGCCUGUGGGAACCGGGGCCGCGGCGGCGCGGGUGCUCCGGGCCGAGGCCGCGAACUACUGAGCGAUCUGCAUUAUUUCCCGCCGAGUACCCAGCGCACAUACUUUCUAUGUUUAGUGCCAUUAAAAGACUUUACCGCAAAAUUUGGUGUAAUGUUCAAGCCCAGAAAUGCCUUAUGUGGAUCGUCAGAAUCGCAUCUGUGGUUUUCUAGACAUUGAAGAAAAUGAAAACAGUGGGAAAUUUCUUCGAAGGUACUUCAUACUGGAUACCAGAGAAGAUAGUUUUGUAUGGUACAUGGAUAAUCCACAGAACCUCCCCUCUGGAUCAUCACGUGUUGGAGCCAUUAAACUUACCUACAUUUCAAAGGUUAGCGAUGCAACUAAGCUAAGGCCAAAGGCUGAGUUCUGCUUUGUUAUGAAUGCAGGAAUGAGGAAAUACUUCCUACAAGCCAAUGAUCAGCAAGAUCUAGUAGAAUGGGUAAAUGUGUUGAACAAAGCUAUAAAAAUUACAGUACCAAAGCAAUCAGACUCACAGUCUAAUUCAGAUAAUCCAAGUCGCCAGGGUGAAUGUGGGAAGAAGCAAGUGUCUUACAGAACUGAUAUUGUUGGUGGUGUACCCAUCAUUACUCCAACUCAGAAAGAAGAAGUAAAUGAAUGUGGCGAGAGUGUUGACAGAAAUAAUUUGAAACGAUCACAAAGCCAUCUUCCUUGCUUUACUCCAAAACCACCUCCUGACAGUGCCGUUAUCAAAGCUGGAUAUUGUGUGAAACAAGGAGCAGUGAUGAAAAACUGGAAGAGAAGAUAUUUUCAAUUGGAUGAAAACACAAUAGGCUACUUUAAAUCUGAACUGGAAAAGGAACCUCUCCGAGUAAUACCACUUAAAGAGGUUCAUAAAGUUCAAGAGUGUAAGCAAAGUGAUAUAAUGAUGAGGGACAACCUAUUUGAAAUUGUAACAACGUCUCGAACUUUCUAUGUGCAGGCUGAUAGCCCUGAAGAGAUGCACAGUUGGAUUAAAGCAGUGUCUGGCGCCAUUGUAGCACAGCGGGGACCUGGCAGAUCAGCAUCUUCUGAGCAUUCCCGCUGUCCUUCAGAGUCCAGACACACUGUCCGUCCUGCCAGCGCCACAGCAGCAGCCGCCUCACAUUCCACAGCCUCUCGCAGCAACUCUCUGGUCUCAAGCUUUACCAUGGAGAAGCGAGGAUUUUACGAAUCUCUUGCCAAGGUCAGGCCAGGGAACUUCAAGGUCCAGACUGUCUCUACAAGAGAACCAGCUUCCAAAGUGACUGAACAAGCUCUGCUAAAACCUCAAAGUAAAAACGGCCCUCAGGAAAAAGAUGGUGACCCCGUGGACUUGGAUGAUGCAAGCCUUCCAGUCAGUGACGUAUAAGAUGGAAGCAUGCAGGGCCUGCCACGUCCAUCCUCAGUGUCCUUCAUGAGGCUUCUAGCCAAAGAUGAUAAAGGGGGAGAUGGGUUUUAAUGUGUGUAUUUACUGCCUCUCAGAUGUACUCUUUGAAAGCUGGUAAACCAAGAAUCUAGGGAGCGGCCAAACAAAAUGUCACUUUUUUUCAGAAAGAGAAAAAAACCUGAUUGUCUUCGUAUCAACUAUCUGAAGCUUUGUGUAUUCUUAUUUGGGUGGUAAAAAUGUGUGUGUGAUUUUUUUUUUUUUUUUUUUUUUUUUUUCCUAGUGACUUGACAGUUUAAAUGUUUAACAACUUAAAAACAUUAAAAAUGCUUAUUAAUGAUUUUGGUCAUUUAAAAAAAUGCUACUAUGACUUCCUAUUAAAUAUUGAUAUUUAAACAUCAUUAUUGGUUAAUAUUAUUGAAUGAAAUAUUGCCAGAUUAAGAUUCCUAAGCUCAUGAUGUCUGUGGUGCUGCAGAAUUUAUACUGCAAUGUGGACUGUUUUGAAAUCAUAAUCAUUUUUGAUGCCCUGGAUCUUGCAGUGAGUGGUAAGUUUUUCAUAGAAGAUAUGAUUUAGACACUUGGUAAGGAAUGGGGGGUUGUACGGGGUGGAUAGAGAAAAGGGGGAAAUUAGAAUUCAAACUAUAUCUUAGAUAUUUGUUUGAAAAAGCUUAGUCAGGACUUGGAGCUGUCAGUGCUUCUGUUCAGUGAUGAUCAUUCGGUUGGAAAUGUUGGAGAGAUCUGAUUUUCUUAACAAAAUUUUGUAAAUAUUUCUCAUCUCGGUAUUUGGAUUGGUGAAAGACCUCAACUUUAUAUGUGAAGAUGUAACUGCCCUUGGUCAUGAAAUUGUGGCCUCUACUAUUUUGUCAGUAAUAACCUAUAUUCAAGUGCCUGUGUUUUUCCAUCUUGUUUAAGAAUAUUUUGAGAUUAAUGUGCUCAAAAAGUCCUACAUGAUUGGCUUUAAACAUUGAGAUAAAACUUUGAGUAGCAUAGUUUAAUGUUAAAUAAGAUAGUAUUUUAUGUUAGAAAUACCAGAAUGCUGGUAUUAUACUUACCUGUGCAAUAUAUAUGUUUUAAAAAGCAAUUUUGAAUAUACACUUAAUCGUGGGGAUGUCAAAAAUACCAGCACCUCUCUAAAGAAUCCUUAGUUUCAGGUGUUGAGCGAGAGACUGGUUUGAGAAAGCGCCGUUUUGCAGUUCAGUCUUAAACAUUUGCUUUAAGGACACAGUCUUGAAUUUCACAUGCUGCUAUUUUUAUAUUUUACCAUUUUCCAGUACUGUUUUAUUUUGAAUUCAUACAUAUCACCAUUUCUCCUUUUUAUUUUCUAAGAUGACUUCUUGUCUGAGAGAGAGGAAAAUUUUCUACUAGUGUGGUAAGGUCCAGAGCUUAAGAUACAUUAUACUAGAAUUAUACAGUAUCAGUUUAAAAAAUCCAAAUGCAUAAGAAUGCACCACUCACCUUUUUUAUUCAUAAGCUAAUGUUUUUUAAAGUUAUAUUUAGAUUUUUCUCUUUUGCACCUAUAUUUGAAAAGGACAGAAUAAAAAGGUUUUAAAUAAUUACUUUUUUUUCUGCUGACCUACCCAUUAUAAUGGCUCUUUCAAAAGAAAGCUUCUUUUUCACCGACACACCUAAGAAAACUUGUAUAGACACUUUGCAAUAUUCAAGAGCCUGAUGCUGUUUUCUUUGGUACAGCUUCCACAUUGCAUGUUCAUUUUAGCAUAUUUUGGUAUUGGUAAUUUGAUAUAUUUAAUGGUGGCAAAUAUUAGCUCUAUUUUGGGACUUUUUAUAGAAUUACCCUUGUUCAGUAGCAUAGGAAAAUGUUCUUGUGAUUGUUAGGGUCUCCUAGUAUUUAUCUCAAUUCUUUUAUAGGUCUAUGGAAAUUAUUUAAUUAUUUUGAAACUUACACUUUUCUUGUAAAUAUGUCACAUCUGAAGUGUCAAAAAAAUUACUUUGAAUACCUUAAUAUUUGCUGCAUUUUUUUUUUUUUUUUUUUUUUUUUUCUGUGUGUGUAACAUGUCUUCUUUCAGAACGGGAACGUGUGCCUCCCAGUGUUUACUGUUACGUCUUUUAUCUUUAUAUGUUGAACUGGUUGAACACUGUAAUGACUUGAGAAUAAACUGCUCAGAAUUCAUUCUAAUUUACUUCUCA